AUGGGAAGAGAAAUUAUUCAUCAAGAAUGGUCAAAGGAACCGGGGAAAAGAAGUCGAUUGUGGUUGCAGGAUGACGUAAAAGAUGUAUUGAAAGAGAAUACAGGGACAAGAGCUAUCGAAGGAUUGUCCCUGAAACUGCAUUCCAGUAGUAGAGAUUGCUUGGAAGCUUGUGCUUUCAAGGAAAUGAAGAGACUAAGACUGCUACAACUUGAUAAUGUACAACUUAGUGGAGAUUAUGGGCACAUUUCUAAACAACUGAGAUGGAUUUGUUGGCGAGGAUUUCCUUAUAAAUACAUUCCAAUCAACUUUCAUUUGGAAAAUGUAAUUGCAAUUGAUUUCAAGCAUAGUCGUCUCCAACUAGUCUGGGAACAACCCGUGGUUUUAGAGCGAUUAAAAUUCCUUAAUCUUAGUCACUCCAAGUACUUGAAAGAAACACCUGACUUUUCAGGACUACCAAGUCUUGAAAAACUCAUUCUAAAAGAUUGCCCAAAUUUAUGCGAAGUACACCAAUCCAUUGGACGUCUCAGGAAUCUACUACUCAUAAAUUUGAAGGACUGCACAAGUCUAAGCUAUCUCCCAGAAGAGGUAUAUGAGUUGAGAUCUUUAAAAAUUCUCAUUCUCUCUGGUUGUUUAAAGUUUCCCCCUAUACAUAUAGCAAAGGUGAAAUCCUUGGCAACUAUAAUUGCUGAAAACACAAAACCAAGCGCCCUUUGA